AUGCUUGUAUCCAGGGCCGCCGCCGGGCUACCGCCCAACCCUCAUGGGCAGGAACUCGCAAAUAUCAGUAUCAUCAUGUGCGCUCUUGCAGGUGUUCUGGUCGUUGCGAGACUCUGUGUUCGCAUUUUCAUGCAACGGAACACUGGUUGGGAUGAUUAUACACUCAUUGCUUCUUUGAUGUUGGCCAUUGGAAUGACCAUCUGCUUCAAUCAAGAGGUCUAUUACGGCAUGGGGCUUCACACAAAGCAAGUUGACGCAGAUAACAAGGUCAUGGCAUUCUUGUGGCUUUGGAUCGCCCAACUCUUAUACAAAUUCGCAAACGGAUUGACCAAGAUAUCGCUUGUGUUGCUCUAUCUGAGAAUUUUCCCGAGCAGAACAUUCAAGAUGAUCUCCUGGGGUGUCAUUGGUUUCGUCAUAUCCUACUGCACUGUUGCAGUUUGCAUGAGUAUCUGGCAGUGCGAUCCCAUUGAAAAGGCAUGGAGGAAAACCCUCCCAGGCCAGUGCAUCAAGAUCGGCAUACUGUGGUAUGUGAACUCGGUGUUCACACUGGUGGCCGAUGUGUUGCUCAUCGUUCUCCCGUUGAAUCAAAUCUGGCAAUUGAAGCUACCACUGUCACAAAAGAUCGGACUGGUAUUUGUGUUCAGUUUAGGAAUAUUUGUCAUGGCCUGCACUAUCAUUCGAUGCGUAGCUUUAGGACCAACAGUCUCUCAAACAGACUCAGUUUACUACCAAGCCAAGUCGAACAGCUGGACGUUCCUCGAAGUCGACGUGUCAAUCAUUUGCGCAGCCUUGCCUAUCCUAAAAGCACCCCUGAGCAAGCUUUUCCCCCGCCUAUGGGGCAACAGAACAACGACUGCAGGUACUGGGGGCUCUGACUCCCACAAGAUGAGCCAGGGAACCCAUAACAUCGGACUAAAGGCCUUCGGAGAUUCUCAACUUCGAUCUGGCCACCGACAUUCGCGAAACGUGCACGGUGAUGCAGAAAGUGACGAGGAGGGCAUAUUGGAUUCCCGAGGGAUCCGGAAAACGACAAACAUCACUUUCGAUUAUGAAGAGGCGGCGUCAACAAAGAGCUCGGAGAAGAAAGGCGUUCGUGGCUUCGACUUUGAGCUUCAGAAAGGAGGCUUGCGAAAUCAUUGA